CUUCGUUUGCACACCAACCAUCUACUUUACUCAUCUCACACGCCAUGCCUCAACAUUCCACAAACCAAAAGGUCGUAUUCAUUACCGGAGCGUCAUCUGGUAUCGGUCGAUCCCUAGCAUUCGCAUACGCAUCCCACUAUGCAAAGCAAGGUCUUGUUCUCGGACUCAUAUCCCGACGUGAAACCAUCCUAUCCGACAUGAAAUCCCAGAUUGAAAAGGAAUACAAAUCCAUUCGAGUCGAAAUCAGCGCCUGCGAUAUCACAUCCCCUUCUACACCCACUCUUCUCGAAACUCUCACAUCCCGCACAGGUAUUCCCACCAUAAUGGUCCUCAACGCCGGAAUCGGACACCAAGGCAAACAAAUUGGACAAGGCGAUAUAUCAGAUGAUGCAGCUGUCAUUGAAACGAAUUUGGUUGGGGCUAUGAGAGUUUGUCAUUGGGUUGUUGGGGUUUGGGAACGUGUUGGGUGUGUGGGGCAUGUAGUCGGUGUUAGUUCGGUAGCGGCUUGGAGAGGGUUGCCCACUAGUGCCGCUUACAGUGCUUCUAAAGCGGGAUUGGACGUAUACUUGGAUGCAUUGAGAGUGGAAAAGUAUGGGAAAAUCAAGGUGACGGUGUUGCAUCCAGGAUAUAUUGAUACGCCCAUUAACGACAUGAUGGAGCAUCGACCAUAUUUAAUAUCAGCGGAUAAAGCUGCUCAGCUGGUUUUGAGUCGGAUUGAGAGAGGUGUACGGCAGGCGUUUAUACCAUGGUGGCCUUGGACGGUGGUUGCGAGGUUGCUUGCAAUGUUGCCGACGUGGGUGUUGGCCUUGGCGGCGAGAAAGUUUACAAAGUAGAAAAGAGUUGACCGGUUACCGGUGUCGUCCGAUUUGAAAAAACUGGUGCAAAUUGUUGGAAAUGAUUGCUGAGAUGUUUACUACAAAUGAGGGGUAUAUCUAUUAUUUUUUUGUUUGUUUUCUUUAGCAUGACUGCUCAACAGUAUGCUGUACACAGAGUACAAAAUCAAAGAAAAACACAUACACACACACAAAGUAACUUUUGCCAUCAAUACACAAACAUCUGAGUUUGCCAAGGUUUCAAAACCACCCACAACCCCUUAUUCCUCAAUUCCUCCCGAUCCCUUUGAUAAGUCACCCCACUCA